AUGAACCUUCUCAUUCCUCUAUUCACCCAAUCUACUUUCCACUUCCUCGCGCUUCUUUUCAACAAUUAUAUUUUCCACAUUGUAAUUCUCUUUUCACCCAAUCUACUUUCCACAUACUCAUUCUUCGUUUCACCUAAUAUGCUAUCCACCUUCUCAAUCGUCUUUACACGCUUAUACAUUCCAUUUUCCCAUUAUUCAUUUCACCCAAUCUACAUACCAACUUCUCAUUCAUCCUUUUACCCAAUCGAGAUUCCAUCUCCUCAUUAUUUUUUAACCCAAUCUACAUUCCAAGUUCUCAUUAUUUCUUUUCACCCAAUCUACAUUCCAACUUCUCAUUCUUCUUUUCACCCAGUAUGCAUUCCAUCUUCUCAUUCUUCUUUUCACCCAAUCUACAUUACAUCUUCUCAUUCUUCCUUUCACCCAAUCUACAUUCCAUGUUCUCAUUAUUCUUUUCACCCAGUAGGCAUUCCAUCUUCUCAUUAUUCCUUUCACCCAAUCUACAUUCCAACUUCACAUUCUUCUUUUCAGCCAGUAGGCAUUCCAUCUUCUUUUCACCCAAUCUACAUUCCAUCUUCUCAUUCUUCUUUUCACCUAAUAUACAUUCCAUUUUCUCAUUAUUCCUUUCUCCCAAACUACAUCCCAUCUUUUCAUUAUUCCUUACACCCAAUCUACAUUCCAACUUCUCAUUAUUCCUUUCACCCAAUCUACAUUCCAUCUUCUCAUUCUUCCUUCUCACCCAAUCUACAUUCCAAAUUCUCAUUCUUCUUUUCACCCAGUAUACAUUCCUUCUUCUCAUUCUUCUUUUCACCCAAUAUACAUUCCAUUUUCUCAUUAUUCCCUUCUCCCAAUCUACCUUCCAACUUCUCAUUAUUCCUUUCACCCAACCUACAUUCAAAUUUCUCAUUAUUCCUUUCACCCAAUCUACAUUCCAUGUUUUCAUUCUUCUUUUCACCCAGUAGGCAUUCAAUCUUCUCAUUCUUUUUUCCCCCAAUAUACAUUCCAUCUUCUGAUUAUUCCUUUCACCCAAUCUACAUUCCACCUUCUCUUUAUUCUUUUCACCCAAUAUACAUGGCAUCUUCUCAUUAUUCCUUUCUCCCAAACUGCAUUUCAUCUUCUCAUUAUUCGUUUCACCCAAUCUACAUUCCAUUUUCUCAUUAUUCCUUUCUCCCAAACGAUUUCCAUCUUCUCAUUAUUCCUUUCACCCAAUCUACAUUCCAACUUAUCAUUCAUCCUUUCACCCAAUCUAGAUUCCAUCUUCUCAUUAUUCCCUUUCACCCAAUCAACAUUCCAUCUUCUCAUUCUUCUUUUCCCCUAUAUUAUUUUCACCCAAUAUACAAUCUACCUUCUCAUUAUACCUUACCCCCAAUAUACAUUCCAACUCCCCAUUAUUCUUUUCAUAAUAUCUACAUUCCACUUUCUAAUUAUUCUUUUCACUUAACAUAUAUUCUACCUUCUCAUUAUUCUUUUCACCCAAACUACAUUCCACCAUCUGAGUAUUCCUUUCACCCAAUCUACAUUCCAUCAUUUGAGCAUACCUUUCACCCAAACUACAUUCAACCUUGUCAGUAUUCUUUUCACACAAUAUACAUUCAAUUUUCUCAUUUUUCUUUUCACACAAUCCACAUUCCACGAUCUCAUUCUUCUUUUCAACCAAUCUGCAUUCCAUCUUCUCCUUAUUCCUUUCACCCAAUCUACAUUCCAACUUCUGAGUAUUCCUUUCACCCAAACUUCGUUCUACAUUCUCAUUAUUCUUUUCAGCAAAGAUACAUUCCACAUUUUAUUUAUUCUUUCACUCAAUCUACAUUCCAUCUAUUCCUUAUUCUUUUCCCUCACUCUAUAUUCCUCCUUCUAAUUAUUUUUACCCCAAUCUACUUUGCAUUGUCAUUAUUCUUCUCACCCAGUCUACAUUCCACAUUCUCAUUAUUUUUUCACUCAAUCUACAUUCAACCAUCUGUGUUCCCCUUUCACCCAAUCUUCAUUCCACCUUGUUAUUUGUCUUUUCACCCAAUCUACUUUCCUCUAUCUCAUUAUUCUUUUCACCAAAUCUACUUUCCACCUUCUCUUUAUUCUUUUCACACAAUCUAUAUUCCAUCUUCUCAUACCCAAUCUACAUCCUACAUUCUCAUUAUUCUUUUCACCCAUAUUUUAUUUCUUUCUUUCUUUCUUUCUUUCUUUCUUUCUUUCUUUCUUUCUUUCUUUCUGUCCUUCUUUCAUUUUUUCUUUCCUUAUUUACUUAUUUAUUUUUUUAAUGUUUUCUUUCUUUCUUUCUUUCAUUCCGAAUAUCUAUCUAUCUAUCUAUCUAUCUAUCUAUCUAUCUAUCUCAAAUGGUCCUUUCGGUUUUCCCCCUUUUUCAUUCUUUUUUACUUAUGUCCUUUGCCUUUUUCCUUUUCUUUCUUUCUUCUUUCUUUCUUUCUUUCUUUCUUUCUUUUUGAUUCUUUUAUCUUUCUUCCUUUCUUUCUUUCUUGCUUUCUUUCUUUCUUUCUUGCUUUCUUUGUUUCUUUCUUUGUUUCUUUAGUCUUUUCUAUCUUUCUUUUUAAUUUCUUUGUUUCUUUUUUUUUUUUUUCUUUCUUUCUUUCUUUCUUUGUUAGUUUCUGUCUUUCUUUCUUUGUAUGUUUCUGUCUUCCUUUCUUUCUUUCUUCCUUUUCUUCCUUUCUUUCUUUCUUUCUUCGUAAUGACUGUGAAGCCCAAUGUGCUGACAAAAUGUCCACCGUCAGUGGCAAACAAGAUCCCCGAUAA